AGAAAGGUAAAUAAUCUCGGGGAGGAAAUGUUCGGCCCUCUAAAAGUGGUAUUGACGGCAGGCUGCAGCCACUCGCUUCAAUCUUGCUGAAGUGACUUCUAUACCACACAUCGCGCUGAUAAUGGGAUACGCUGUGACUGCAGGUGUGCUGGUGGCAGCAGGGGUGGUGACGCUCUCCACGGUGGGCUUGCUCCUGGGAGCCUUUUUUCUGCGGAAGAAGAAGAACGCCCCAAUCACACUGCUCGACCCCACCGUCAAAUACCAGCUGAGGCUCAUCGACAAGGAGGUUCUGAGUCACAACACGCGUAGAUUUCGCUUUGCCCUGCCUUCUCCAAAGCACAUAUUAGGCCUCCCUGUUGGUAAACAUGUGUAUCUGUCCGCCCGAAUCGAUGGAAACCUUGUCGUGCGUCCAUACACCCCUGUCUCCAGCGAUGAUGACAAGGGAUUUGUGGACAUUGUUGUGAAGAUCUACUUCAAGAAUGUCCACCCCAAGUUUCCCGAGGGGGGCAGAAUGUCCCAGUACCUGGAGAGCCUGCAGGCAGGAGAUGUGGUGGACUUCAGAGGACCAGGCGGACUAAUGGAGUACAAGGGCCAUGGGCAGUUCGCGGUGCAGCCUGAUAAGAAGUCCCCAGCAGAGAUAAGAACGGCAAAAUCCCUGGGUCUCAUCGCAGGAGGGACAGGUAUCACCCCCAUGCUCCAGCUGGUCCGGGCCAUCGUCAAGAACCCCACCGACCUGACCAGCUGCAGCCUGCUCUUCGCAAACCAGACAGAGAAGGACAUCCUGCUUCGUGAUGAGCUGGAGGAGAUUGCGGCCAGGCACCCUGACCGCUUCAAGUUUUGGUUCACUGUGGAUCAAGCCCCGAAAGACUGGGAAUUUAGCCAGGGAUACGUCAACGCCGACAUGAUUCAGGAGCACCUCCCCGCCCCUGGCGAGGACAGCCUGGUCCUCAUGUGUGGUCCACCUCCCAUGAUCCAGUUCACCUGCAAUCCCUGCCUGGACACGCUAGGCUACCAGCCAAGCCAACGCUUCAGCUACUAGACCCGCAGUCCUACACCUCCCCACCCAAAGACCUCUACCACAGACUCCUACACCUCCCCACCCAAAGACCUCUACCACAGACUCCUACACCUCCCCACCCAAAGACCUCUACUGAAGACUCCUACACCUCCCCACCCAAAGACCUCUACCACAGACUCCUACACCUCCCCACCCAAAGACCUCUACCACAGACUCCUACACCUCCCCACCCAAAGACCUCUACUGAAGACUCCUACACCUCCCCACCCAAAGACCUCUACCACAGACUCCUACACCUCCCCACCCAAAGACCUCUACCGCAGACUCCUACACCUCCCCACCCAAAGACCUCUACCGCAGACUCCUACACCUCCCCACCCAAAGACCUCUACCAGAGACUCCUACACCUCCCCACCCAAAGACCUC